AUGACUUCCAACACCAAAGUCGUCGCUUUCCUAGGCGCCAGCACCGGCGUCGGGCUCUCCGCCUUGAAGCACACCCUUGCCGCUGGACAUCCGUGCAUAGCUCUUUGCCGGAAUCCCUCCAAACUCACAGCUAUCCUCCCAAUAGAGUCAACACCGAACCUCAAAGUUAUUGAAGGGAAUGCGCACGAUGUCACUGCCGUGUCCAGGUGCCUUCAAACCGAAGCCGGCUCCAUCGUCGACGCUAUUGUAACCACCAUCGGCGCGAAGCCCUCUGGUCUCGGCGUCGACGAUCCAGAUGUCUGCAAGAAAGGCGCAGCCGCCAUCCUCGACUCGCUCGCUGAUCUCCGAAGCAAAGGCAUCACCGGCAGCCCGCAUAUCAUUGCUUGCGGGACAGCCGGUUUCUCGCGGUUUGGUCGCGAUAUCCCUUUUGUCAUGAUUCCCGUUUACGCUAUGUUCGUCCGUGUUCCGGGCGCUGACAAGGUGGUCAUGGAAGAUCGAUUCGCGCAGAGCGGGGAGUCAUUUACGAUCAUGCGUGCCAGUCACUUGGUUGAUGGGGAGUCGGACAAGACUAUUCGAGUUGGCAUUGAAGAUCCCAAAACGGGUGUUGAGUCCAAGGUUACUGGUUAUACUAUCUCCAGAGAGGAUGCGGGGAGAUGGCUGGCUGAGAAUCUUGUCUUGCACCUGGAUGCGAAGUAUCUGAACAAGAAUGUGACGAUCACUUAUUGA